UAUGUGACACCACUUCGGUUUGGCUUUCCUGGCACCUGCCACCGUUGACACGCAGAAUCUCGCGAGACCUUCAUUUCUACACGUAAUUGGUCGUUUAUGUUUCUCAUUUAUUUGUAUUUUUUCCACUGGCUCUUGUUGAUCUUAUGCGACGGGUUAAGGUUUCUUUUCUUUUCUUUUCUUUUCUUUUCUUUCCUUUUCUUUUUAAACUAUAUAUCGCAGAAUGCAUUAUUGGUGGAAGCGACAGGUAUCAUUCGUUAUUGUUCCACCUCCUUCCAAAGAAAUGAGCAGCAUCUACGUAAUCAUUUUUCUAAGUAAGUCUAGCUUAUGACGCCAUAAUGUCGUUUGUUACAAAGGCAAAAUGUCCGCCCAGCGCGCGUCCUUAUACAAAGCUAGCACCCAAACGCAUCGAAUGCUGUCUCUUAUUAUUUGGGAGCGUCAUCAGCUGUCCAUGAGAAUCAUGUCUAAUCUUAAAGGCGAAACCAAGAAGGAAGCAAAAAUGAGGAUACGCGCUUUCCCUAUGACAAUGGAUGAGAAGUAUGUGGAAAAUAUCUGGGCCCUGCUAAAGAAUGCCAUCCACGAGAUUCAGAGGAAGAACAACAGUGGGCUGAGCUUCGAAGAGCUGUACAGGAAUGCCUACACCAUGGUGCUCCACAAGCAUGGGGAGAAGCUCUAUACAGGCCUAAGGGAGGUUGUCACAGAGCAUCUCAUCAACAAAGUACGACAAGAUGUCCUCAAAUGUCUCAAUAACAAAUUUCUGCAAAUACUAAAUCAAGAAUGGAAUGAUCAUCAAACUGCCACCAUCAUGAUUAGAGACAUCCUCAUGUACAUGGACCGAGUUUAUGUUCAGCAAAACAAUGUGGAGAAUGUGUACAACCUCAGCGUCAUCGUAUUCAGAGACCAGGUGGUUCACUACAGCUGCAUUCGAGAACACCUAUGGCAGACGCUACUGGACAUGAUUAAACGAGAGAGGAGGGGAGAAGUUGUAGACAGGGGAUCCAUCAGAAACACCUGCCAGAUGCUGAUGAUUCUCGGCCUUGACAGCAGGAUUGUGUAUGAGGAAGACUUUGAGCGUCCAUUCUUAGAAAUGUCAGCCGAAUUCUACCAGAUGGAAAGCCAAAGGUUUCUCACAGAAAACAGCACCAGCAUCUACAUCAAGAAGGUGGAGGCCAGAAUCAACGAGGAGAUUGAGCGGGUCAAACAUUGCUUAGACAAGUCAACGGAGGAGUCAAUUGUCAAGGUGGUUGAAAGGGAGCUGAUAACUAAACAUAUGAAAACCAUAGUGGAGAUGGAGAACUCCGGCAUGGUCCACAUGCUCCACAAUGGCAUAACAGAAGACCUUUGGUGCAUGUACAAGCUGUUCAGCCGUGUACCAAAUGGCCUAAAAACAAUGUGUGAUUGUAUGAGCUUGUACUUGAGAGAGCAGGGCAGGGCUCUAGUAUCAGAGGAAGGAGAGGGCAAAAACCCAGUCGACUAUAUACAGGGCCUGCUAAACCUGAAGACGGUGUUUGACCAUUUCCUUCACAAGUCUUUUAACAAUGACAAACUAUUCAAACAAACCAUAGCAGGAGACUUUGAGUAUUUCCUCAAUCUCAACUCCCGCUCACCAGAGUACCUAUCACUUUUCAUCGACGAUAAGCUCAAGAAAGGAGUACGAGGGUUGACAGAACAGGAGGUGGAGUUGAUUCUGGACAAGACCAUGGUGUUGUUCAGGUUUCUGCAAGAGAAAGAUGUUUUUGAAAGGUACUACAAGCAGCAUCUGGGCCGCAGACUGCUGAGCAACAAGAGCGUCUCGGACGAUUUAGAGAAGAGCAUGAUCUCCAAGCUCAAAACAGAAUGUGGCUGUCAGUUCACCUCAAAGCUAGAAGGGAUGUUUCGAGAUAUGACCAUCUCCAACACCACCAUGGAUGAGUUCAGACGACACGUACACGUCACGUCGGUCUCUCUAUGUGGCGUGGACUUGACCGUCCGAGUCCUCACUACCGGUUACUGGCCCACGCAGUCAGCAACACCCAGAUGCACCAUCCCUCUUUCCCCUCAGCACGCUUUUGAGGUCUUCAAAAGGUUUUACCUCGCCAAACACAGUGGUAGACAGCUCACGCUGCAACAUCACAUGGGUGGGGCAGACCUAAUAGCGACUUUCUACGGCGCUUUGAAAAAAGAUGAUGGUUGUGAAGCGAGCGUGGGAGGUGCCCAAAUGAGCGGUUCAAACUCCCGUAAGACCAUUCUGCAGGUGUCCACAUUCCAGAUGACCAUCCUCAUGCUCUUCAACCACAAAGAAUGCUUCUCGUUUGAGGAGAUCCACAAUGAGACAGAUAUUCCCAGAUGGGAGUUAGUGCGAGCAUUGCAGUCUUUGGCCUGCGGGAAGCCCACGCAGAGAGUUCUCACCAAAGAGCCAAAGUCCAAGGAGAUUGAAAACGGACAUGUGUUUACAGUCAAUGACCAGUUUACUGCCAAAGUGCACAGAGUCAAAAUACAGACAGUCGCUGCUAAACAAGGUGAAUCUGACCCAGAGAGGAAAGAGACACAGCAGAAAGUUGACGACGACAGGAAGGUUAUGAUUGAGGCAGCCAUAGUGCGCAUUAUGAAGUCCAGGAAGAAGAUACAGCACAACGUCCUGGUGGCCGAGGUGACUCAGCAGCUGCAGGCACGCUUCCUCCCCAGCCCCGUGGUCAUCAAAAAGCGCAUAGAGGGACUUAUAGAGAGGGAAUACUUGGCAAGGACUCCAGAAGACCGUAAUAUGUACACCUACAUCGCAUAGAUGGGGCUGUGUAGACGGAGGACGGACUGUUCUUUUCUAGGGCCUUACAACUACAAUGUACUAAAAUGGAAGAGAUAUAUACACAGAAAAUCACAUACUCAGAACCAGUAUUAUUCAAGGAAGCCACUUUCGUUCUUCUACCCCGAGAGAUCAGACUGACCAAUCCUUUGUGAAAAAUGUGAAUUUGCACCUUAUUUUUGUUUGUUUGAAUGCUGUAAAAUAAUUUAUUUUAGAAUGUAGAGUUAUACAACAAAAAUAAACCGAGGUAAUGCUCAAAUGUGUGUAAUUUAAAUAUGCUGAAACCAAUUUCAUUUUAUAUCAUUACAUUUCUACAUUUAAUUUUAUUUUGUCAGCUUAAUGCACAUAAGUGAAAGGUUUGGUAAUUGUUCUGCAAGUGCAUGUAUUUGAAAUGAAUGGGUAGAAUUAAAAUGUAAAACUAAAUAAGCACCCAGUAUUUGUUACCUGGAGCCAAAUGAAUACUUUGCAUGAAUAACUUUUUUUAAUUUGCCCUAUUAGCAUUUUUGCUUUAUUAUAGUUUUGUAAUUAUUUUAGAUCUUUCUGUGUGGAUUUUGUAUGUGCUCUUUGUGUUUGAGUUUUCUCCAAUUAUAUUGUUUUCUUGCAUUACACAAGUGUGUGCUGUCAAUUGAAGAGUAUAAAUCGCCUAUCUAGUGGAGCAGAUAAGUGGAAGGAUUGUUCAAUUGGUGAUACAAGCAUGAGAUUUGGUACAUUAUUCAAAUCCUACUCUUCUAAAACACCACUAGCCAUGCAAAAUUCCAAGAUGGUGGCCCCAAAACCCAUGAUGUCGCCCAAAAAAAUAUUUUCCUUCAUAGCUCCAAAUGCAUUGAUUUGAAUCCAUAUAUGUACUAAAGUUAAAUAUAAAGUUAGGUAUUGCAGAUAUUUUAUAAGUAUGUCUAUGUAUUACAGUUUUUAAGAUACAUUGUGUAUGUACUUUAACAAAGUGGAGAGCAAAAUAUUU